CGGCGCGAGACGAAGGUCCUCAACGUCCUCCUCUUCGUCAAGGGGCCCGUCUGGCGAGCCCUCUUCGGCAAGGAAGCCGACAAGCUGGAGCAGGCCAACGACGACGACAAGACCUACUACGUCAUCGAGAAGGAGCCCCUGGUCAACACCUACAUCUCGGUGCCCAAGGAGAACAGCACCCUCAACUGCGCCGCCUUCACCGCCGGCCUGGUGGAGGCCGUCCUCACCGCCAGCGGCUUCCCUGCCAAGGUCACCGCGCACUGGCACAAGGGGACCACGCUGAUGAUCAAGUUCGAGGAGGCCGUCAUCGCCCGGGAGAAGAGCUUGGAGGGGCGUUGA